AUGGCCAUAGGCUCAGCAGCUUUCGCGGUGGUGUUAGCGAUCGCGGCGGCCGCGGCAGAGUCUCCAGCACCAGCAGCGCCGAUAGGGCUGGCCGACUGCGACACCAGCUGCGGGGGCGUGAGCGUGCCGUACCCUUUCGGCUUCGGGCCGCCGCGCUGCUACUGGCCGGGGUUCAACCUGACCUGCGACCGGAGCAGCGGGCAGCUGCUCCUGGGCGACGGCACGCUCCGUGUCGCCGAGAUCUCCCUCCGGAACGCCACGGUGCGCGUGGUGCGCAGCGGCUCCAUCAUCGACAGCGCCAGCAUCACCUCAGACCGGAACGUCUCCUUCGGCGGCAGCUUCAUGAACCACGGCUACAUGCUGUCCAACGGCAACGAGCUGGUGCUCUCCGGGUGCAACCUGGUGGCGACGCUGGUGGAGGACCUCGGCGUCGGGCCCGGCAGGUCGGGCAUCAUCAGCGGCUGCGCGUCCUUUUGCACGUUCCGCAACAAGAAGGUGGACAGCGUCGGGCAGACGGGGGCGGGCAGCAAGUACUGCUCCGGCAUGGCGUGCUGCCAGGCGCCCAUCAGCUACCACAGCUCCCCCACGCAGGUGCGCCUCAGGUGGCUGGACGCCGGGAACCACAGCGAGGCGCUGACGUUCCUGCCGACCUACGUGUUCGUGGCGGAGGAGGGCUGGUUCGACCAGAGGCCGCUGCCCGACGAGCUGCUGAGCGUGAAGCAGAGCCCGCCGAGGGCGGCGCUCGAGGUGCCCCUUGUCCUCCUGUGGGGGGUCAGGCAGGGCCUUCCACCGCUGCCCAACUUGCCGGCCAACGCCACUACGGCAUGCUCCGCCGACGCAGACCGCGUGCUCUGCAAGAGCGACCACAGCGUGUGCGCGGCCGGAAACUUGGGCUAUACGUGCCAGUGCCAACAAGGUUACGACGGCAAUCCUUAUCUCGCCCAUGGAUGCCAAGAUAUCAAUGAAUGUGAGCGGCCACAAGACCAUGGGUGCUUCGGCGAGUGUAUCAACACAAUUGGAGGUUACAAAUGCCAGUGCCCUCGAGGAACCCAUGGCAACUACACCGUGAGAGAUGGCUGCAUCAAGUCCUCAACUACAGGAAUAAGCAUCGGUAUAGGAGUUGGCAGUGCAGCAGGAUUUAUGCUUCUGGUUCUCGCUGGAAUCUUCGUGACCCAAAGGAUUAAACAUAAGAGGCAAAUAAUGUUGAAGCAAAAGUUUUUCAAGCAAAAUCGUGGACAACUGUUGCAACAAUUGGUAUCCCCAAGGGCAGACAUUGCAGAAAGGAUGAUCAUACCUGUAGAUGAACUUGCAAAGGCAACAAAUAACUUUGAUAAAGCUCGUGAGCUUGGUGGUGGAGGGCAUGGUACUGUCUACAAAGGUAUUUUAUCGGAUCUACAUGUUGUUGCCAUCAAGAAGUCAAAGAUAGCUGUUCAGAAGGAGAUAGAUGAGUUCAUAAAUGAGGUGGCCAUCCUCUCACAAAUUAAUCACAGGAACGUAGUGAAACUUCUUGGAUGUUGCCUAGAGACGGAGGUUCCAUUGUUGGUUUACGAAUUUAUUUCAAAUGGAACGCUCUAUGACCAUCUCCAUGUUGAAGGGCCAAAGUCCCUUUCUUGGGUCACUAGGUUGAGGAUUGCAACUGAAACUGCAAGUGCUCUUGCCUAUCUUCAUUCAUCAGUUUCAAUUCCAAUUAUCCAUAGAGAUAUCAAGUCUAGUAACAUACUUUUGGAAGAAACUAUGACAUCCAAGGUGUCGGACUUUGGAGCUUCAAGAUACAUUCCAAUGGAUAAAACAGGACUAACAACAAUGGUGCAAGGAACAAUUGGAUACUUGGACCCUAUGUACUUCUACACAGGACGCCUUACAGAGAAAAGUGAUGUGUAUAGCUUUGGUGUCAUUCUUGUGGAACUACUAACAAGGAAGAAACCAUUUUCGUAUUUUUUCCAUGAUGGAGAUGGCCUUGUUUCCCAUUUUGUCAACUUGCUUGCUACAGAAAAUCUGGCCGAAAUACUAGAUCCUCAAGUCAUUCAUGAGGGAGGCAAAGAAGUACAUGAGGUCUCCAUACUUGCAGCAUCAUGUAUAAAGUUAAAUGCCAAGGACCGGCCCACAAUGCGACAGGUGGAACAUGCACUCGAAGGUCUUGUAUCCAAGAAGUAUGUCCAAACUGAUACGAAUGUAGGGACAAAUGAAGAGAAUGACAUUGUUAUGAUGAAUUGCUCAUCGAAAAUGGAAAGACGAAGCACGCAAGAGUGGAGCAGAAGAUAUAGCAUGGAAGAAGAAAUCUUGAUGUCUGCAAGGUAUCCUCGGUAG